AUGGCUUCAAUGGAGCUCGCACUUGCAGCAUUACGUUCAGCGGAUCCUGGAGAAAAGCCUAAUAUUAGUUUGGUUGCAAGAACAUACGGCGUUAGCCAAUCGGGCCUUUAUAAACGUUUUCACGGCGUUACAGGCUCAAAAGAAGAGCAAUACGACAAGCAACGAAUACUCACCACCACGCAAUCAAGAGCGCUUAUAAAAUGGAUAAAUCAACUCACCGAGCGAGGCCUGCCCCCUACAAAUUCAAUGUUAGCGAACUUUGCAAGAGAAAUAUCUGGUAAAGAGCCUGGGAAAAACUGGGCUUCACGCUGGCUCAAGGCUCAUUCGGAUAAGGUGAUUUCUCGCUAUUCAACGGGCCUUGAUUCGGAUAGAAAAAAGGCAGAUUCGGCAUAUAAAUAUGCUUUAUAUUUUGAGCUUAUUGGACGGAAAAUACAGCAAUAUAACCUCGGCCCAGAGCAAAUCUAUAAUAUGGAUGAGAAGGGCUUCAUGCUUGGAGUAAGCACAAAACGGAAAAGAAUCUUUACUCGGCGCAAAUAUGAGCAAGGGGGCUAUAAGCAGCAUCUUCAGGAUGGAAAUCGAGAAUGGAUUACAACAAUUGGUUGUAUCUGUGCCAAUGGAACUGCUUUAGCGCCUAGUCUUAUUUAUAUGGCAAAAUCGGGCUUUAUACAGGAUUCUUGGCUUCAAGAUUAUGAUCCCCAAACACAGAGAUGCUUCUUUGCAGCCUCAGAGUCAGGGUGGACUAAUAAUGAUAUCGGAUAUCGCUGGUUGGUGGAUGUUUUUGAUAAAGAGACAAAAUCUCAAGCAAGCCGGGGAUGGCGCCUUCUUAUCCUCGAUGGGCAUGGAUCCCACGUUACAAUGAAGUUUAUUGAAUACUGCGACUCGAAUCGAAUUCUAUUAGCAAUCUUUCCGGCUCAUGCAACACAUACUUUACAGCCUCUUGAUGUCGCUCUUUUCUCGCCUCUUUCUAACGCUUAUACGAAGCAAUUGGAUGAUUUUAUAAGGGAUAGCCAAGGCUUCACCCGGCUCACUAAACGUGACUUUUUUCGCCUUUUUUGGGCUAGCUGGAAUGAGGUUUUUAUAAGCAAGAAUAUCAAUUCAGCAUUCAGAACGACUGGUCUAUAUCCCUUUGAUCCGGAGAUUGUUAUCAACAAAUUCAACAAGAAAAUCACCAGCCGGCCAUCCUCAAGCGAAUCCGGAGCUUCAAUUAUUCCUCCAGAAGAUUGGAGACGGCUUGAGAAGCUUGUUAAAACUGUUGUUAACAAUAUUUAUGAUGAAAAGGCUGUACAGCUUCGAGAAACGGUGUCACAUCUUUCUACUCAGCUUAUCUUGCUUCAAAAUGAGAAUCAAGGCCUGAAAAGAGCUCUCAUAAAUGCAAAGAAGCCUAAAAACAAGAAACAGCCUUUAUUACUAGGUUUACCAUCAGAACAAGAUGGUGGAGCGCUUUUUAUGAGCCCUACUAAGGUUCAGCAAGCUCGUGAUAUUAUUUCUCAAAAAAAUGACGAAGCCGCGCAGAAGCAGGCUCAUAAAGAUGAUAAAAAGCUUCAACAACAGCUUAAAAAGCAAGCUAGAGAGGCUGAAAAGGUUAAAAGAGCUCAAAUCCGACAAGAAAAACGCGAGCAGCGUGAGCAAGAGGCUGCGGAAAAGCAACGGCUUAAGGACGAGCAAGAAUUGGCUAAGCUAGCUGAUUUACAGCUUCAAAAUGAUAUAUUUCAAGGUGUAUCGCCCACAAUUAUUGGGGGUUACUCAGACCGAUAUGGCCGGAGACCAGCUAGCCUUCUCUGCUUCACAAUAUUUGCUGCAGCUAAUAUCGGCCUCGCACUGCAGACAAAUUAUGCAGCUCUACUGGUGCUGCGCUGUAUGCAAAGUGCUGGUAGCAGUGGUACGACCGCUCUAUCAAGUGCAGUUGUUUCUGAUUUAGCCACAAGACAGCAACGAGGUAGUUAUAUAGGACUUGCUGCGCUUGGGUCUUCACUUGGGCCGGCACUUGGUCCGAUUAUUGGAGGUUUGUUGGACCAUUUCCUGGGGUGGAGAGCCAUAUUUUGGUUUCUGGCAAUAUAUGCCGGUGUGAUGUUUUUGGUAUACCUCAUUUUUAUUCCAGAAACCUGCCGCAACAUUGUCGGUAACGGGUCUGUACCGCCACAGUCAUGGAACAAACCAGUUAUACAAUAUGUGAAAGCCAAGUUGAAGGAUAAGGAUAGUCGUGAGGAUUUCCAACCCACAACCACGUCCAAAAGACAGCGGCCAGGCAUACUGUCUUCUAUCACGAUCAUCUUUCAAAAGGAGUCAUUCCUGAUUCUCAUUUUCGGAGCUUUUCUCUAUGCUGGCUAUAUCCUGAUCCUAACUGGGUUACCGCAACAAUUGUCAUCAACGUACAAUUACAAUUCAAUUCAAGUCGGUCUAUGUUAUAUUCCUAUCGGUAUCGGACCAAUAGUUAUCAGGCCAAUAGUCGGUCGAAUAAUGGACGCCAACUUCCGUCGCCACGCCCGAAAAUUAGGUGUCGAAACUGUUGACAAUGUCCAACAUGAUAUCGACAAUUUUCCGAUCGAGAGAGCCCGCCUUGAGAUUUCACUGACAUGUGUCUACAUCUCAUCCAUUGCAAUUCUCCCCUAUGGAUGGGUAAUGGGAUUGAAGCACCCUCCUCUUCCAGCUGCACUUGUCCUCCUCUUCUUUAUGAGUCUUUGCACCUCAGCGGCGGUCCAACCUUUGACUGCACUAAUCAUUGAUAUCAACCCCAAAAGCGCUGCUGCUGCGAGUGCUGCAUUCAACCUGGUUCGAUGCCUCCUUGGGGCGGGAGGUGCGGCCAUAGUAAAUCCGUUGCUCAACUCUAUUGGGAGAGGAUGGACCGGUACUCUUGUUGCACUCACUUGGAUCGUGUUGAGUGUCUGCUGGUGGGCAGUCAUCAUAUGGGGUCCGCAGUGGAGAAAGCAGGCGAAGGGAAAAGCUGAACUGAAACGAGAGAGUGCUUAGAUCAAGAAAAAGGAUUUGACCAUGUAAUAUAGACGAGUCAUUGCAUGUUCGUAUUACCACUUGCCGGAUCUUACGCCCUCAUCAUCAUAACUAUUUCUCUGACAUAGAACCCACAGUGAAGCACUGCUAGAUUAAUGACUGAUGUACUAUUUGUUGCCAUAAAUUGAAAAGCUAAUUUUCUUCC